AUGUUUAGCACGCUGAAGAACUCGACCGACCCGGAGGGGGCCUAUGUGCUGGAGCCCACGCGGCCGCCGUUUGACAGCAAGCGCCAGGGCAAGCUGGCCCGCGUCGCCUGCACCCACUGCCGCGCCAAAAAGCUCAAGUGCUCCGGCGACAGCAACGGCUGUGCCAGAUGCCUGAACAAGAACAUCGAAUGCCGCUACCCCGCCACCGGGAACCCGCCGCCGCCAGAGCGAUCGAGCCCCUCGUCCGCCGCGAGCGAGCCCGCCAGCUCCGCACCGCCCACCGAGAAAGCCGCUGCCGCAACCGCCGCCCCGGACGACGAUGUCGAUGCAUUGAUGAACCUGGACCACCCCUCGACCGCCCUGUUCCUGGGCUCGCUGGACGCUCCACCUGUGGGGGGUGACUUCCUGGACCCCGCGCCGGGCACUGCUCAGUGGCCCUUUGACGAUUUAUUUUCCCUCCAAGAUCUGCACGCCAUGCAACCAGCCGGGCAGAUCGGUGACGGCCAGCAGCACCCCUUGGCCUUCCCGACCGCACCGGACAGUGGCUCCGGCCGGGUCCAGCAACACCAACAAGACCAGCGCGGCAAGCAAGGAUGCACCGGGCUCGAUCUCUGCUGCUGCUACUGCAUCAAGGACGCCAUCCAAACCUACGAAGCCGUCCAGGUCGACCUCGUUGUCCUGACCUCUCAAGAGUCCCCCGCCGCCGCCAGCCAAGCCCAGCAGUGCGGCACCCUCUGCGACUGUCACAACACGGCCGGCCUCAUCGACGUGCUGCAGCACCAGAAGGCCGCCCUGGCGAGCUGCAAGGCCCUGGUCGCCUGCAAUCGGUGCCGCUCCCAGUCCGCCUACGCCAUGUUCGCCAUAUCCAUGUGCGGCACCCUGCUCGAGAGCAUCGAGCACCUGCACUUGCUCGUCUCGCCCGACGACGACUUCACCCCGCCUCCGGCCAAAGCCGCUCGUCGCGGAACCAACCCGAACAUGUCGCCCUCUCACUCUCGCUCCCAGUCGCGCAAGUCGUCGGUGGCUCAAGUGCCUCUAGCCGGGUGCGACGACUCGCUGGACGGGACCCCGUUCGCCCGUCAGCAAUAUCGCCGCGGCGUGCAGAUCGGCCGCUGGAAGCUGGAUGACGAUGAUGAGCGACACGUCAUCCAAGGCUUGCUGAGCGCCCGACUGGUCACUCUAGGCCGAGUCAUUGACGGCAUUGAGCGGACGGUCGACGAAAAUCAAUGGCUGGCCCACGAGAAUGCUGUCCGCCGGCUCCGGGAGCCCUUCUCGCUGGCCUCGCUGAGGAUCAGGCAGCAUUCUUCUUCGACCGAGAGUUUAGAAUCAAGGUAA